AAAAAUUGCUUUUCCAUGAAUUCACAGGUCAAUAGUGUGAGGCUACCUCGUCAUGUUUCUGACAAAAGACACUUUUGUGGCACUGCUUUGAUUGAAUUUUCGGAAGAAGCUGACGCAACAAAACUUUUAGAGGAGAAGUUGGUUUUUGCUGGAGCAGAGCUAGAAAUAAAGCCAAAGAAGGAUUUUGAUUCUAAAAGGGAGAGGAUGUGGAAGGAUGCUGAGAAAUCUCGCUUUAACAGAAAUGCUUCAAAUGGAAGCUAUCCGAAAGGUGUAAUUGUUGCAUUCAAGUUGAAGAAAAAGCAAGAGGAUAAAUGUGUGGAACAUAAUGGUGCGGACAAGGUUAAUGAUGAUGCAGGAUUCUGCAAAGCGGAACAGGGUCUGAACACAGCAAGUGAUGAAAGUGAACAAUUAGCAGUGGCUGUGGGCGAGUCAACAGAUGGUGUUGACAAGGAAAAUGAAACUAAGGCCGCUGAAGAUGUCCCAAAGGAAAGAGAAGAGGAGGUUACUGAUGAUGUUGCUGAAGAUAGAGAAAACAAGGAUGACAAAGGUCCAUCAACUGACAGUGUGGAGGUGAAGAACCCUGUGCCUGAUAAUGAGAGUGACAACGACAGUAUUGUUACCAGAGAGGAUCUUAAACAGAUAUUCCAGAAAUUUGGUGCUGUUAAGUAUGUUGACUACAGAAUGGGGGAGGAAUCUGGAUACAUCCGUUUUGACGAUCCUGAUGCAGCUACAAAAUCUCGUGCGAUGGCAGUGCUUGUUGAUGACGGUGGCUUGACCGUGAAGAAUUACAUAGUCACCUUGGAAGCCUUGACUGGUGAGUCGGAAAAGGAGUACUGGAACUUGCUUCGCAGCAAUCAGGAGCGGCAUAGAGGAAGAGGUGGUAAAUACAACAGAGGUGGGAGAACGCACGGCAAGCGACCAUGGCACACUGAUUCAGCUGAGAGACAGCCUAGAAAAUCUCACAAAGUUGAGGCCACUGCAUGAAUAUUUAUGGAAUCACCAAGUCCGAGCUCGUCUCUUAUUGAACCGAGUAACGCAUAAUUAUCUUGAUAACGUUUGAUGAUAUCAUAAGUUAAUACACUUUUGCUAGUUGUCAUGAGUUCUAAUGAGAUUAUCCUCCUCUCUAAGCUAACUGGUUUACUGCAUUGGUUGCA